AUGCAAAGUAGAAACCAGACUUCUGUAUCCCAUUUCAUUUUGGUGGGCCUACACUACCCCCCACAGUUGGGGGUACCACUUUUCUUGGCAUUCCUUGCCAUCUACGUCCUCACUGUUUCUGGCAAUGGGAUCAUCAUCCUCACUAUCUUGGUGGAUGUCCGACUCCACCGCCCCAUGUACUGGUUCCUAUGUCACCUCUCCUUCUUGGACAUGACCAUUUCCACUGCCAUUGUUCCCAAGAUGCUAGCUGGAUUUCUCUUGGAUAGUAGGAUCAUCUCCUUUGGGGGCUGUGUGAUCCAACUUUUUUCUUUCCAUUUCCUUGGCUGCACUGAAUGCUUCCUUUACACACUCAUGGCUUAUGAUCGUUUCUUGGCCAUUUGUAAGCCCUUACACUAUGCAACAAUCAUGACCCGUAGUGUUUGUAACUAUCUGGCCUUUGGCACCUGGAUGGGAGGGACCAUCCACUCACUUUUCCAGACAAGCUUCAUAUUCCGACUGCCCUUCUGUGGUCCAAAUAGGGUAGACUACUUCUUCUGUGACAUACCUGCUAUACUGCGCCUAGUCUGUGCCGACACCACCAUCAAUGAACUGGUCACCUUUGUGGACAUUGGCUUCCUGGCACUCACCUGCUUUGGGCUCAUCCUCACUUCCUAUGGCUACAUAGUGGCUGCCAUCCUGCGUAUCCGGUCCGCUGAUGGGCGCCGCAAUGCCUUCUCCACCUGUGCUGCCCAUCUCACUGUCGUCAUUGUUUACUAUGUACCCUGCACCUUUAUUUACCUUCGACCUGGAUCACAGGAACCCCUGGAUGGGGUGGUUGCUGUCUUCUACACUGUCAUCACUCCCUUGCUUAACCCCAUCAUCUACACACUCCGCAACAAAGAGAUGAAGGCAGCGCUGUGGAGACUGGUAGGGCGUAAGGAUAUGCAACCUCAGUGA